AUGGGGGCUUGCAGCGCAGUAAGCUGCUCUAACCUGCUGAAGAAAGGGUUCGCACUUUACCGUUUUCCUCAGGGCGACAGGAAUCGAGCACGGCACCGUGUUUGGGAAGUACGAACGAAGUGGGAUAAAUUGAAAGCAAACGACAACUCCCGUCUUUCUGGGGUUCACUUUGAGUUCGAUCAGUUUGAGUCCUUUCGCAAAGGACCGAAGAAGCUCAAGUGCACAGCUGUUCCGACGCUGUUUCUGCAUUAUCAGGUACGAGCACUGGGCAGACAGAAAAAUACUGGCUGCUUGUGGUGUACUCAAACAAUCAAAAAGGUUCUGAAGCUGCACUUCUCAAGUGGUUUUACCGGUUACAACCUCCUCAUUUCUGAAGGUCCGCCUCUGCCUGCUGAACGUACUUUACCUCUUAGCGAUGGCUGA